AUGGCGGAAUGCAAUGCCAAGUCACCCUGCACAUUAAUCAUCUGGCUGCAUCUUCCAGCUUCGGCCCGCGACAAAGCCCUGAAGCAUCUCGUCUCUGUUCGCGGAUAUGCUCAGUGUCCGGUCGACUCAGGCACCAUGCGCGCGGCGGGUACCAGUUGCAUGGCACCUGCUUUUGCCUGGCAGAUCCAGACUUGGCUCGAGGUCGAUUCCAUGCAGCCACAGGCUGGGCCAACUAUUGGCCAGCACUUUUUUCAUCUUUCGGCCGUCAACGAUCGGGAAAGCAUGGCUUUCGCAGUAGGAAUGUCGAGCCGAGACAUGAUGAUGUGGACGGGAGGGCGCCUCACACCGGACCUCGAAAUUUUCGUAGACUGGCUUCUGUAUGGCCUCUCGAGUUAG